UGGUGCUGUCUGUCGAGCAAUCUGAUCUGAGGCACUCGUGAUUCCCGCUUUCUUCUAAACGUUUAGUGUGGCCGCGACGACUCCUUCCUUCCGUUCUCUCUGCAACAAAUUCCUGCAAGUCACAGGUCUUCAAGCUCGCCCUCUGCAUCUGCGCCAAUCGGCUGUACGUCUCUUGCGGCUCUACUCUAUUCGCUCGCCAGACGAGGAGAUACGAGGAAUGAUCGACGGUGGAAAAGAGGGAGGAGCAAGAUGAAGAGAAGGAGAAGUUCGAUGCUGGUAGAGGAAGCAGAAGGGAGGAGGAGUGAUGCCAGGCAGGAGGGAUACCUGGCGAGUUUGAUACUUCGAGGGGGAGAGGGAGAGGCAGCGGGACGAGGAUCGAAGAUUCUGCUCACACACGCACAAGAGAGCUCGGAGCACCCAGCCGGGAGGGAGCAACACGACCUACCGUCCGUGUCCGCAGGCGAUGGAGAGGAGGAAGCGGACCAGCUCCCGCGGGAGUACGAGGCUGGCCCCUCUCGCUCUCGCUCUUGCUCUCGAUCCACAUCCUCCUCAAAUUCUGCCUCAAGUCAUGGCUCCCUCUUCUCCUCCCGGUCGCCCUCACCCUCACCACCUGCCCCCUCUUUGGCCACAACUUCCACCUACGCACGAACAUGUCCUCCCAUCCCCGGACUGUACUUGUUCCCCUCUCUCCUCUCUUUGGAGCUAGAGAGAGAGCUGCUGAGGGUGAUUGACAGGGAAGGGUACUUCUCUCCUUUAUCUAUCCUGCCCGAUCCUCGCAUAGCCAGGGAGCAGGAAAGAGAAGGAGGAGGAGGAGGAGGAGGAGGAGGAGCAGAGAGGAAUCAAGCUAUGCUCUUUGGACGGGCACGACCUCGAUCCGCCGGCACUGCCACUGACGGGCAAGAAUGGGCGCAUGGGUGGAGUACUGGCUUGCCGAAGUGGGCGGACGAGCUCGUUCUGGCUUUAGGCGGGCUGCUGAAGGGGCAUGCUCAGGCUCAGGCUCAGGCUCAGGAUGAGGAUGCAAGAGGGAGUUGUGCUGGUACCGAUACGGAGGGUAGUAGCAGUCGUAGAAGUACCACUGCGGCUGCUGCUCUUCCGCAAGAAGUGUGGGAGAUGCUCUUCCCCGAGUGCUCCUCCAGCACCUUUCCCUCCCCUUCAAUACCCACCUCCGGCUCACAGCCACAGCCACAACCACAUCCAAGCCCACAUCCCCGUCCACCUCCCCAUCUGCAAAGUCGUCAAUUGAUCCUCAAUAGGUACCACCCUCCGCAAGGUCUCGCUUCGCACAUAGAUCUCCCACAUCGCUUCGCAGACGGCAUCGUCCUCUGCUCUCUCAGCGCAGGGAUCGGGAUGCGCUUCCGGCCUCGUCAUCGAACUCGAACUCGACCUCGACCUCUUCAGGACGGAGAGCGAGAGCGAGAGCCACCCCACCCCCAACCAGAAUCAUACUCACACACACACCACCUCUACCUUCCUGCGCGCUCCGUGCUCGUGCUGAGUGGAGAGGCGCGCUGGGAAUGGGAGCACGGGAUUGAGGAGAGCUGGGGCGAUUGGGUUGAGCGGGACGGAGAGGAUGGAGGGGAGGGCGAGUGUGAGCUCGAGGGAGAGGAAAAGGGUCAAGGGGAGGGUCAAGGUUCUACAGAGAGGGCAAGAGGAGGGGGGAAAGCGCUCUUCAUUCCUCGGCAGGAGCGCAAGUCGAUUACAAUCCGCUUCAUGAAGGAAGGGGCGGAUUGUGUGGGCGAGUAAGCGAGCGAGGACUUCUCGUAGACGAGCUGAGCCAGAUCAAUUGUCCUUGUACUGUGUUCGUUGUUCAUUAUCAUUGCUAUUGGACUGCACAUCAGAACUUGUGCUGUCCCAUCUCGUGUAUCUCCACAAUCUUCACAUCUACCCACGUCUCAUGGUCACUCCUACU